AUGAAUAAUAAUCCGUAUCACUCUGGAAUACCUGCUCACACUAACUUGGGCACAUCACAACCACAGGGUUCUGGUCAGCAGAUAACUCAGCACGAACCCAAUCAAGCCAAUUUUCAUCACCAACACAAUCAGAAUCACGGACAUCUUCAUGAUCAUGGUCACAUUCACUCGCUACAACAACACGGUGGUCAGCAAAAUCAAGCUCAGCAAGUUCAACGUGAUGUGUAUAGAUAUCCUCAUCCUGAUCCUGACUAUCACGAUUCUUGUGAUAACCAUGAUAAUAACCAUUUUAACUAUGAUAAUUCUCAUAGUUAUGGUAAUCCUUGCUAUCCCCCUGGCUUGACGACUCCUCACAGCCAGCAAAGUCACAAUACACACUCAAACUCCCUUCAGAACUCCGAACAAAUUCAAGCUCACCAUACACACGAGGCAAACACUCAAGCCGGCAUAGUCUUUCCUGCAGUUAAUCCACGCGUCGCUUCGGUCCAUGCGCUGGAGUUGCAUCCAUCCGUCAGACAACCAAAUCGAAGUGUGCAAGUACCACUGACUGCUCACGGCAGUGGAACUACUUGUCCUGAAAACCAGCCACCUAGAGUGUCUCAGAAACGCAACCUCGGCCGUCGUCGUCAAGAACCACCGCGAUCCGCACCCACAACUGCACCCACCAGCACAACCACACCGACUUCAACUCAGACACAGGCAUCUACAUCUACAAGGGCUAUUGUUAAUUUAUUUCUCCCUAACACGCUCAGAGGAGAACAAGAUAGUGAUAAAUCACCUUCAAUUAAUCUUCCAACUCCGGAAGAUAUGAUGAAUCGAUCUUCUGUUGAACUGCGAACACUCGCUGCCAAGCACGCUAAGGGGUCUACUGUUCCACCAGCCUUGACCGAUCUCUUCAUGCGUUUGCAUGAUGAAUUUGACAAGGUACUGGCAAUCAACUGCAUCAACAAUCAAGUUGCGGUGCCGGCGGUACAUAAACUAUGGGGUGUCAAAGCAUCACGGAAAGGGGCGCACAAAUACCAUCGGUUUACCCAAAGCCAAGCAGUCCGAGAAAUUUAUCGAAAUACCUCAGGUGUAGCAACCGGAGAAGGCUCAAAAUCGGCUUCAACUAGAUGGCGUGAAUUGUCAAAGGCAGAGCAAGAUUCUUACAAAGUAGAGAAUCAACCCAUUAACGAACCCGUGAACGUUGCAUCCAGCUCCUUGGAUUCUGUACCCGAUGCCGAAUCAAAUAAUACGCGAGGCAAAAAUCGAUCUUUGGCAAACGCGCGUGUCGCUGUGAAUAAUUUUAUGAUAAAAUGGCAAAUCGAGGCCAACGAUAUGGCUGCGACAUACAAGGGCGACUUUGUCAUGAUGGCUACACCGCGCGCUCUGAAAUGGGUGGAGCACGAUAAGUUAUGCGACCCCCAAAAACACGUAGCCGCGCAACUACAAGCAUUUGUUACUGGCACCGAGGCUGGGCUACUCAACUUGAGUAAACUCAAAGUCGAUGAAAGAGCAAGGUGUCGAGAAGCCCUAUCCAAUCUGAUCAGCUUAAAGACAGAGGGCACUACAAACAAAUGGCCGUGGAAAGGAUGUGAAGAAAAGCUUGCCAUUGAAGGCUACUACGUUCACUUUGCCCCAGACUCAAAGUCUCAAGAGAGCGAUAUCAUGCAAGAUAGCAAUAAACUGACCCCAUCACAGGCUCGUAAUGUGUUGGCGGAUCUUGAACACAACAGGAUCCUCAUUCUGGAAACUGAAGCCGGUCCCACUCGAAAGACCAAACGAAAACGUCCCCAUCAUGACACACCUCCUACAACACCUUUGGCUGAUAACACGCCUCCAGCUCCACCAGAGGCGAAUGCCAACAACACACCUCGCGCCGAUCACUCAUCAAUUGAAGACUCUCUCGCCCAAUUACCUAUGGCUGCUAUCUAA